GGCGCCCGCGCCCGCUGGUGCCGAGCCGCUGAUUGGGUGUGCGCACGGGGCCUAAGGAGAGCGCGCGGGGUUUGCGCCCGUUCCCAUUCAGCCGAUCGCAAGGAGUAAAGAGCCGCGUCGUCUGCUCGGAGCUCGCCGCCUCAGGGCAGGCUUUCUUCGCCUGCCCAUCCGGGAGGAGACGUACUCCCAGCCAAGCCUGGCAUAAACGCCGCUGCUGCCCUAGACAGAGACCUUCCGUUUUCUCUGCUGCACAGAGCAUUUGCCAGCCUGGAAAGCCCUCGCGUCCCUCAUAAUAGGAUAGCCUCAGCUCCCUACUGGACCUCAAGGCUAAAGCGUCGUCUGCCUGUACUGGAAGAAUUGCAAGGGUCUGCCUGAGAACAAGCUGCCAUCCCCAUUUCUGUAUAUGAUAUUUCGAUUGAGAACCCCUGGAGCUGCCUUCCCAGCCCCGAUUGCAAUUUAAGCUUUAGUAUCUCCAGUUUUAUUCUGUUCUCCUUUCCAGCCAUAACUUACUGCAAUCAGGAUUCUCUAAUCCGGCUAUAAGCCCCAUUUAAAAAGUAUUCCCAAGCUUGAAGGACUUUGAUAAUUAGCCAGUAUUUCUCUAGCCAUUAGACCUUCUUAGAAGCCUUGGCAGUAGCCAUGUUUUCCCCUUAAACCAGAUGUUUACCUGCAGAUUAGGCCAAGAGGUGUAUUGAUGUUAUUGCUGGCAUGCCUUUUACAGAAAGGAACACCAGAAAUAACCAGUCCUUGUUCUAGAAGCUCCAGUAGUAAGCCUAAAUAGAUAGCCUUAGGAGUACUCUGGGAAGAUCAGCUGCAAUCAUAUUCCUCAACUUGGUUCAGAUGCUUUUAGCUAACUUGUUCGAAGCGGAUUGCUUACAGGCUAUUGCUGGUAUCCUUCAGAUAUAAGAUUCAGCAAUAACCGGACCUUAUUCUACUAGCACAUCCUUGGCCCAGACAAGAACCCCAAGAAGCUGCUGCCUGUUCCCAGAGACAUUUAUUUAUGUUUUAAUUUUGGCAUUGCAGAACAAAAAACCCACAGUGAACAUACAACUAGUUUGCUUUGGAAGGCUGUGAAGUGGCAAUCUCUAGUUCUAAAAGCUGUCAUUGUUAAAUAGGAGAGAUUCUUCCUUGGUAUGAUCGCUUGCCUCAUAAACUGUCAGUGAUACCACGGGCACUGAGCAUAAUAUGUAAAUAGUCUAGUUUAAGAGAUCAGUAUUAAAAACUCUCAGAUUUAGGGAAACACAAAUCUCCCUCAUUCCAUUAUAUUUACACUGAAGAGUCUGCACUAUUUUAAUGGGUAAUGCUGUUUCUUUGGACAUUACUUUGGUCUUUUCUAAGAUGUACUGGUGAAAGACAUUUAAUUGAGAAAGAACUUGCCAAGAAAGGAAAAAUUAAAAGUACUUCUGAAAAGAUUCCAUAUAAGGAUGAUGGUGACAAAGUGUGUUUGAUUUUCAUGAAGAUUCAGUAUUGCUAUUCAUGAUGAAUCGGAAGAAAGGAGACAAGGGAUUUGAGAGCCCAAGACCUUAUAAAUUAACCAACCAGGUGGUCUGUAUCAACAACAUAAAUUUCCAGAGAAGAUCUGUUGUUGGUCAUGUGGAGUUGACAAUAUUUCCCACAGUUGCAAACCUGAAUAGAAUCAAGCUGAACAGUAAACAAUGUCGAAUAUACAGAGUGCGAGUCAAUGAUCUGGAAGCAGCUUUUAUUUAUAAUGAUCCCACACUGGAGGUUUGUCACCAUGAAUCAAAACAGAGAAAUCUCAACUACUUCUCCAAUGCAUAUGCAGCUGCAGUUAGUGCUGUGGAUCCUGAUGCUGGGAAUGGGGAGCUGUGUAUUAAGGUGCCAUCAGAGCUUCGGAAACAUGUUGAUGAAUUAAAAGUCUUAAAAGUACAUAUCAACUUUUCUCUGGACCAACCCAAGGGAGGUCUUCAUUUUGUGGUACCUAAUGUGGAAGGCAGCUUAGCAGAGAGAGGAGCACAUGUCUUCUCUUGUGGAUAUCAAAAUUCUACAAGGUUUUGGUUUCCUUGUGUUGAUUCAUAUUCUGAACUAUGUACUUGGAAAUUGGAGUAUACAGUUGAUGCCACAAUGGUAGCUGUCUCAAAUGGAGACUUAGUGGAAACAGUGUAUACUCAUGAUAUGAGAAAAAAGACAUUCCAUUACAUGCUGGCAAUCCCAACUGCAGCAUCGAACAUUUCUUUGGCUAUUGGACCAUUUGAAAUCCUUGUUGAUCCAUACAUGCAUGAGGUGACUCAUUUUUGUUUGCCACAGCUUCUCCCACUGCUGAAACAUACCACAUCAUAUCUCCAUGAAGUGUUUGAGUUCUAUGAAGAGAUACUUACCUGUCGCUACCCUUACUCCUGUUUCAAAACGGUUUUUGUAGAUGAAGCUUAUGUUGAAGUCGCUGCUUAUGCUUCUAUGAGCAUUUUUAGCACCAACCUUUUACACAGUGCAAUGAUAAUAGAUGAGACUCCACUGACCAGGAGGUGUUUGGCUCAGGCUCUGGCUCAGCAGUUCUUUGGCUGUUUUAUAUCUAGAAUGUCUUGGUCAGAUGAGUGGGUGUUGAAGGGAAUCUCUGGCUAUAUUUAUGGUCUUUGGAUGAAGAAAACCUUUGGUGUAAAUGAGUAUCGUCACUGGAUCAAAGAGGAACUAGACAAAAUAGUGUUGUACGAGCUGAAGACUGGUGGAGUCUUACUGCAUCCAAUCUUUGGUGGAGGAAAAGAAAAAGACAACCCUGCUUCACAUCUGCAUUUUUCUAUAAAACAUCCUCACACGCUAUCAUGGGAAUACUACACUAUGUUUCAGUGCAAAGCCCACCUUGUCAUGAGAUUGAUAGACAACAGAAUAAGCAUGGAGUUUAUGUUACAAGUUUUCAACAAACUGUUGAGUCUGGCCAGCACUGCCUCAUCGCAGAAGUUCCAGUCUCACAUGUGGAGUCAGAUGCUGGUUUCCACAUCUGGGUUUUUGAAAUCUAUUUCCAAUGUGUCUGGCAAAGAUAUCCAGCCAUUAAUAAAGCAGUGGGUAGAUCAGAGUGGUGUGGUAAAAUUUUAUGGCAGUUUUGCAUUCAAUAGAAAACGAAAUGUAUUGGAGUUAGAGAUAAAGCAAGACUAUACAUCUCCUGGGACACAAAAAUACGUGGGCCCUCUCAAAGUAACAGUGCAAGAGCUUGAUGGAUCCUUCAACCACACACUUCAGAUAGAAGAAAACAGCCUUAAACAUGACAUACCCUGUCAUUCCAAGAGCAGACGAAAUAAGAAGAAAAAGAUUCCUUUAAUGAAUGGAGAGGAAGUGGACAUGGAUCUCUCUGCCAUGGAUGCUGAUUCCCCUUUACUGUGGAUAAGAAUCGACCCAGACAUGUCUGUAUUAAGGAAGGUAGAAUUUGAACAGGCGGACUUCAUGUGGCAGUAUCAGCUUCGAUACGAGAGGGAUGUCGUUGCACAGGAGGAAUCUAUUUUGGCUCUUCAGAAGUUCCCCACACCGGCAUCACGACUUGCACUGACGGAUAUCCUUGAGCAAGAGCAGUGUUUCUAUCGAGUGAGGAUAAUGGCCUGCUUCUGCCUUGCAAAGAUUGCAAAUUUCAUGGUGAGUACAUGGACAGGACCACCAGCCAUGAAGUCUCUCUUCACCCGAAUGUUCUGUUGUAAAAGUUGCCCGAACAUAGUGAAAACCAAUAACUUCAUGAACUUUCAGAGCUACUUUCUGCAAAAGACAAUGCCUGUUGCAAUGGCCUUACUGAGAGAUGUUCAUAAUCUGUGUCCCAAAGAAGUUUUAACAUUUAUAUUAGACCUAAUCAAGUACAAUGACAAUAGAAAAAACAAGUUUUCAGACAACUACUACCGUGCUGAACUAAUCGAUGCACUAGCAAACUCCGUGACUCCUGCCGUCAGUGUGAACAAUGAAGCCAGGACAUUGGAUAAUUUAAAUCCUGAUGUCCGCCUUAUUCUUGAGGAAAUUACCAGGUUCUUGAACAUGGAAAAGUUGCUCCCCAGUUACAGGCACACCAUUACGGUGAGCUGCUUAAAUGCCAUUCGUGUGCUACAGAAGAAUGGACAUGUCCCCAGUGAUCCUGCCGUCUUUAAGUCCUAUGCAGAAUAUGGGCACUUUGUGGAUAUCCGAAUAGCAGCUUUGGAGGCUGUUGUUGACUACACAAAAGUUGAUCGAAGUUACGAGGAGCUGCAGUGGCUGCUCAAUAUGGUUCAAAAUGACCCUGUGCCAUAUAUCAGACAUAAGAUACUGAACAUGCUGACAAAGAAUCCUCCAUUUACCAAGAAUAUGGAAUCGCCUUUGUGUAAUGAAGCUCUAGUGGAUCAGCUUUGGAAACUUAUGAAUUCAGGUACAUCCCACGACUGGAGGCUGCGCUGCGGUGCCGUUGACCUGUACUUCACGCUGUUUGGUCUCAGCAGGCCUUCUUGUCUGCCACUGCCAGAGCUUGGGUUGGUCCUUAACCUAAAAGAAAAGAAAGCGGUGCUGAAUCCUACCAUCAUCCCUGAAGUGGGGGCAAGUGGUCCGGAACCACCUAACAAUCCAAACAAUCUGGGUCAAAUAGUUGGCUUCCAGAGCAUUGAGGAUUAUCAUCUUACUAAGGAAACAGCAGCCAUCCCCCUGCCUCAUCAGCAGGGGCUGAAGCGGAAGGCUGACACUCCGCUUGGAUCCCCGCUGGAACCAGGCCAGAUACUUGAGAAGACUGAAGACAGUAAAGUCAAACUCAAAAUACGAUUUUCAAACUCUCAAGAAGAAGAAGAGAUUGAUAUGGAUACUGUUCAUGAUAGUCAAGCUUUUAUCUCCCAUCAUUUGAACAUGCUGGAAAGACCAUCGACACCAGGUAAAGAGCAGUCGUCGCUGGAAUUGAUGAACGUGCUGCCAAUGCCUGGUCCGCCACAGCCCACUUUCACUAAAGAGUCCGGCUCCUCCAAGCACAGUGAGCACCAUCACCAUCACCAUCAUGAACAUAAGAAGAAGAAGAAGAAGCACAAGCAUAAGCACAAGCACAAGCACAAGCAUGACAGCAAGGAAAAAGAGAAGGAGCCUUUCACUUUCUCUAACAGCCCUGCCAGUGGACGAUCCAUUCGCUCGCCAUCGCUGUCAGACUGAAGCAAACGGCAGCCAGGUUCAUAGAGCAGAAGGCAGGGAGCCUGUUUUCCCUUCUUUAAAGCAAAAUGCAAGUCCCUGCAGGGGUUUGCAUCCUAUGUCGAAAUCUAAAUUCCAAGUUUUUCUGCUGGCCAGCUGCAUUGGCCAGAUUCAAGGGAUGGGAAGAGAAAUUGGUUCAGAGACAACUUCUGUGACAGUAUUCUCCAUCCAUCUUCCUUACAUUUUUUUCUUUCAGAGAGGCAACUAGUGUGUGUGUGAGUGUGUGUGUGUGUGUGUGUGAGAGAGAGAGAGAAUGAUCCAAAGCCCAACAGGGUCUUUGUGUGUCCUGCCAGAAUGAAUUACAUUUUAAACUUUUGAAGGCUGUCAUGAGGUGGGUCUUCAGCAGAAGCAGUCUGCCAAACCUCCUGGAAAAGCUGCCAUUCCUGCAUCGUGUUGGAUAAUGUAGACUUCUUGAGGCCUUUGUACAUCUCUUUAACCAUUGUAGGUGUCGCACACUUUUAAAAAAUAACCUAGGAUGGUUGUAUAUCCAAAGUAAUGCAUAUUUUUAUUUUAAGAUGAUGAUUUUUUAAAACAGUUGAGCAUAACCUGUUUGAGUAGAACUGCAUUUGGCAAUUGUCUCUGUAACGUUUUUUCUUAGCAGGAAAAAAAAAAAAAUACCUUGUGCUCCAUUCUCUGUAAUCAGCCUUAUAGCUGUAUAAUGAAGUUUGAGCCAAAAACAAACCCUCAAAAACUGGCAAUGGAAACUGUUCCAUAAAAUGUCACUUAACCUUUAAAAUCCUCUACUUGUAAGGAAAAAGCCAUUGCAAAUAUUUAAAGUCUCCUGGUUUCUAAUAAAUUUGUUUGGAAACUCUCUAACAGGAUCCUUCUCAGUGUGCAGUAAGUAAACUCAAACAUGAAGCUGUGACUUAGUUCAUUUAUUAAAUAAGGUAAUAAAAUUCAAGCGGCAUUCUGUUGAAGAACUUGAUAAAAGUGAAAAUAGGACUGCUUUUUAACACUUCUGUUUCAUUUAAUGGAAUGAUUAGUGCUUUUCUUCUCCCACCACCCCAUCCCUGAUUUUAUAGAACAUUUUUACGUGCUUCAACAAUCUGGUUUAGAGCUUUUCUUGUAAAUUCAUAAAGUGGGUGAAAACUUUUUUAAAGAAAUUGGUAUGCAUAUAUAUGUAAGUUUAUUGACAGUGGAAGGAAUAAUGCUGACCCAUGAAAAGACAAAAGACCCAAGAAAAAAAUUAAAACAAGUAAUUCAUUAAUAAACACUUUUAUACAA